AAACAGUUUCAUUGAGCUCGAGUGGCGAUUCAGUAUGUUUAGCUUGUGGAUAUUCAUAUAAAAAUGUUUUGGUACUUAUUUAUCUGGUUGCUGAUAGCACGCCAAGUAAUGAGCGAGGCUGAUUGUGAAUACAUGUGGUUUAAAUGUAUGAAUAAUACUGCAAAUGAUUUAUAUUGCGAGGCAAAUGAGAACAAAGGAUGGGUGAAAAUAAGUGAGCGGUGCGAUGGUCACAGGAACUGUGCAGACGGUAGCGAUGAGUCCUUAGUGACCUGCAAAAUACAUUCCGGAAGACAUCGUGAGAAAGUAUUUUACUGUGCCAGCGGAGGUGAAAUUGAAGAUUAUAAAGAAAAUGAUAAAGAUGUAGACUGUUGGGAUAGAUCCGAUGCGCCUGACCAAGAAGAUUUCACUCAUCAGGGAAACUGCAGUGAAAAGGAAAUUGAAUGUCUUCCAGGCGAGUGUAUUUCCUACGACGAUUUGUGCAAUAACGAAAUUGAUUGUAGUAACGGCAUCGAUGAGUCGCUGGCGUAUUGCUACAGAAAAUGCAUAGAUAACGAAUUUCAGUGUGGCAAUGGCGUUUGCAUUGCAGAAGAUUUGCUCUGUAAUAAUAUUCCUGAUUGUCUGGAUGGUGCUGAUGAGCUCUUUAAUGUGUGUGAAAAUAUAUCAGGUUAUAAGCCGCAACCCUAUAAAAAUUGUACAGAGCCAGAUGGUUCACAAUUCCCAAAAUUUGAGGAGGACACCGAUUACCGUUUAUACAAUGGAACGAAAUAUGUGGACCCCAAUCAGCCAGUGCAUUUUAAGUGUGAAGAACGGCAAAAUAUGACCAAAGGCAAGCCGUGGAACGUGUGUAAUCUUAAUGGCACAUGGACUUUCACAUUGCCAGAAUGCGAGCCUUGAAUGGAUAUAUAAUGUGAUCCGCCAACGACAAGUUAAUUAAUUGUUUGCUUUAUCAGUUAUGUUCAAAUGUAUAUAUCUUUCAAUAAUAAAAACAUUUUAUGUCAUUAAAUAUUAAACAAACAACAGGCUGCAGCUCGUAAUAAAGAAUUUAUGUUUAUUCAAUA